UAGUGGCGGCGGCGGGUCUUCCGGAAGCCCACCCUUCACCCGGAAAUGGUUACUGAGGAACAUGGCGUUGCUGGUGCGAGUCCUUAGGAACCACACCAACAUUUCCCAGUGGGUUCCAGUAUGCAGCAGCUUGUUUCCAGUGUGUCCUACUCAAGGACAGUGGGGCAGGACUCUGUCUGGCACUUCCCAGUGGCCCCAGAUGAGCCAAUCCCAAACCUGCAGUGGAGCAGAAGAGAUUCCAGGAAUAGAUGUACAACAAAGCAGAAAGUAUCAUACCCCAAAUAAGCUUCCUACGAUCAAAGAUUUCCCACAGCCUGUGGAGGAAAAGGUUGGAAUCUUCACAAAGAUAAUAGAAGCCAUGGGAUUUACAGGACCUUUGAAAUACAGUAAAUGGAAGAUUAAGAUUGCAGCCCUGCGCAUGUAUACUAGCUGUGUGGAGAAAACUGACUUCGAGGAAUUCUUUCUAAGGUGUCAGAUGCCCGACACAUUCAAUUCAUGGUUUCUUAUAACCCUGCUUCAUGUCUGGAUGUGUCUAGUCAGAAUGAAGCAGGAAGGUCGGAGUGGGAAAUAUAUGUGUCGCAUCAUCGUUCAUUUUAUGUGGGAAGAUGUUGAGCAGCGUGGUAGAAUCAUGGGGGUUAAUUCUUAUAUCCUGAAGAAGAAUAUGCUUCUUAUGACAAAUAAUUUCUAUGCAUCAAUCUUGGGAUAUGAUGAGGGGAUCCUCUCCGAUGACCACGGGCUGGCUGCUGCCCUCUGGAGAACCUUCUUCAACCAGCAAUGUGAAGACCCUCGGCAGCUUGAAUUGCUGGUGGAAUAUGUGAGGAAACAGAUGCAAUACCUGGAUUCCAUAGACGGUGAAGACCUGCUACUGACAGGGGAGGUGAGCUGGCGCCCUCUGGUGGAGAAGAAUCCACAGAGCAUCCUGAAGCCUCAGACUCCCACUUACAAUGAUGAAGGUCUGUGAGGGCCGGAUCCUCCAGACAAUUGGCCAGCUGGCUUUGAGGAACCUUGGUCGAGAGAAGUACUGUUUGAUCCAAGAUUCCAUAGAGAGUAGCCUGAACUGACCUUUGAACAGCAUCUGUCAAAUACCUGGUCCUAUUUGUGUUGUUUCCUCUUCCUGUGUCCUGGAGGCUGACCUGGUGGGGCAGAGCUGAGAACCCCUAGCUCUUCGGAGGUGUCCUCUCCUUCGAGAGGAGUCCCAAGCAAGAGCUUCCCAGUAUGCACUCCCUCCAGCCACCACAUUGACUUACAUAGCUUUUCCCAAAGGCUGAAGAAAGGCUGGGUAGGUUGGAAUGGGAGAUGCUCCUACAAAGGCCUGCUGUGCCUAGCUGUUUGCAAUGCUGCAGAAUCAAGUCAGGGUAGCCACACUGUCCCCAGCCUUGAGCCAUGGGGCUGAGUUGGUCAUUAAAAGAAACAGAGAUGUCAUCUCUGCCAUGGCGCUUCUUUGUCCAGGGGCUUUGGAACUCAGGUGAGGUGAUGGAUGUGGGAAGCUAAGAGCACUGCCCAGCUCAGUGACAAGAAGAGGGAGAGGUCAGGCUCUGGCCUCCACUUCUCAGAGAGGGGUCACCCUCUGACCGUAGCACAGCCUGCCAGGCUCAUCUUUGGGAUCCAGAAGGCCUCUGGUGGCCAGUGGUCCCAUCACAUCCUAAGUCAUUUAGAAGUAGGCCUCAAGGACAAAGGACCCUUUGUCAGCCGCAGCAAGCUGGGCAAGAAGCACAUGCUGUCCUUCUUCUCUUGGUCUUUCCCUAUAUGAGAUACUGGCUUAGUUGUACUAUACCAGGACCCAGCCCUGUGCCCAGCUUUCCACCCUCUUCCCCAACUUCCAGAACAUGUGUUCAGAGCCACCUGAACUGGGCACUCAAAUGUCAGUCCCUUUCCUUCUCUCUCUCUCUCUCUCUCUCUCUCUCUCUCUCUCUCUCUCAGUAUGGGUCAUCUCUUGGGGAAUUUUUUUUUUAAUUGAGCAAAGGGGGAAGGGAACCAUCUUGCCCCUCCCUCCCCCAUCAACUUCCUUCAUUGAACUUGCUAUAAAAUGAGUCAUAUAAAGAAACUCUAUACGGGUGAGGUAUAUCCCACUUCUGUGAAAACAUUACAAAUCAAACUGCCUUCUCUCGGUUUAUUUAAGAUGCUUUUGUUGCAAGCAGAGCUCUCGAGUGAAGCCUCCUCUGUGUGUGUGAGAUAAUAACACCUUGUAACUCAUUACAGCUGGGCACUAUUUACAUAAACCAGAGCUGAGCCAGGCAGGAAUUUGCUGAUUAAUUUAUUUUUAAUGGAGUGAAGUAUACCAUGCACCAAAAUAAACUUUACUGUGUGUACCUAA